AUGGGUCAACCGUCGUUCGAGGCAUCUAAUGCCGUUAUAUACGUUACUUAUGGCGCAUUUCUGCUAUUGGGAACAGGUCUGGCCUGGAAAAUGAGAAACCAGUCCAAGGCUGAGUUCCUCUCUGGAAAUAGGACUCAAACUGCCUUUCCUUUGGCGCUCAAUUUCAUUGCUGCUGCCAUGGGUUCGGGAAUCCUGUUCUCGUACCCGCAGCUUGCUACUCUAGCCGGCCUCCAGGGUGUCCUGGUCUAUGCCAUCUCGUCGGCUGUCCCGCUGCUGAUCUUCGCGGCACUCGCGCCGAUUAUCCGUAGGAAGUGUCCGGAGGGAUUUGUCCUGACGGAGUGGACGAGGCAGCGGUAUGGCGUUGUGACGGCGCUUUAUUUGGGCGCUUUGACGCUGCUUACGCUGUUUUUGUAUAUGGUUGCAGAGCUGUCUGCUAUCGGGCAGGUCAUCGAGGCUUUGACUGGGCUGAAUGGAUUGCCUGUUGUUAUUGUUGAAUGUGUCGUGACUACUAUUUAUACUUCCCUCGGAGGUUUCAAGAUCUCCUUCAUCACGGACAACGUCCAAGGCGCCAUGAUCUGCGCCCUGAUCAUCAUAGCCACGAUCACUAUCGGCGUCAAAACUGAUAUUAAGCCAGAGUUAAUCGCUGAGUCUGGCCUACUUAACGCGAGUCUCGUAGGCUGGCAGUUGAUUUACAUUCUACCCGUCGCCAUCCUGACUAACGACUUCUUCCUGGCGAACUACUGGCUACGUGCUUUCGCCUCUAAGACCGAUAGGGACCUCUGGAUAGGCGUAUCGGUAGCUAUGGUCGUUAUUCUGAUCGUCUUAACGCUAGUCGGAUGUACUGGCUUAAUUGCUGUGUGGUCAGGUGCAUUUGAGGCUGGCGGCGAUGGAUCCGUGGCUUUCUUCCUGCUGCUGGAGCAGCUACCCAACUGGGUCGUGGGUAUCGUCAUCGUCAUGUCGGUGUGCUUGAGUACUGCGGCAUUUGAUAGCUUACAGUCUGCCAUGGUGUCCUCUGCUUCUAACGAUAUCUUCCGCAACCGUCUGAACAUCUGGUGGAUUCGAGGCGCGGUCGUGCUGAUUAUUUUCCCGGUGGUAGUGCUUGCGCUAAAGGCACCAAGUAUUCUACAGAUCUACUUAAUUUCUGACCUCCUAUCCGCCGCUACCAUUCCGGUACUUAUACUCGGGCUAUCAGAGCGUUUCUACUGGUGGCGAGGUUUUGAGGUAUUAGUCGGCGGUCUUGGAGGAAUACUAACGGUCUUUAUCUUCGGUACUAUAUACUACGGUGAUGCGAAGUUGGGUGGUGAGCUCAUUCUUCUAGAGCAAGGACUAUAUACCGGGGACUGGGGUGCGUUUGGAGCCUUCGUUGCUGCGCCGGUCGGUGGUUUGCUCUGGGGAUUCGGUGCGCUGGGAGUAAGACUGGGUGUCCAAUACGUGCUAUCUAGGGUACGAGGUACUCGAUUUGAUGCACUUGACUACCCUACCAUAGUGCCUCAGGAGGAUUCCGACGCAUUGGCAGGGUCAAGUGAAGAUACUACGACUACCAAGAUCACUGGCAAGUUUUUCUAG